GCUGGAAAGUCAUUCAGCCCAUUCUGAAUGGAAAGUGUUUAACGUGAGAGAAGGGGGACUUAACUUCCAACGAGGCAAUCAUGAGACUCCUCAUCGGUGCCUUCCUGGCCGUGCUGCUGUCCCUCCCCGGCCCCUGUCAUGGAGAUUCCUACUUCGGAGACAGCUUUUGCAAACUGCAACUCUUUCAAGACAUCUCCACGUUCGAUCUGUCCCUACAAAUCAAGACGAGUCGCAGGAGCGGUCUUCUCCUCCUGGCUGCAGGAAUAGAGGACUACCUCUUCCUCGAACUUCUUAAUGGGAAAUUACAGGCUCGAAUGAACAUGGGGGCCGAUGAGAUCAUACUGACUUCCCCUGAUGGAGUACAGCUCAACAACCUCCUGGACCACAAGCUGUCACUGAUUUUGGGAGAUGGCAGACUUACCAUGACGAUCGAUGAUACCUUUGAAACAUUUGUCGACGUUAACAUUGAUGGAGUACUGCUGAACAUUGACCAGGGUGUGUGGCUCGGAGGAACCGGAGAUUUGGACGCCACCUACCUUAGCAAUGCCAUCCCCCCAUUCCGUGGCUGUAUGACUGACAUAAAGUUUGUUUCACACCAGUUUGACAUCCUCGGCUCUGUGUUUAAAGAGUGCCAAGACACAAAGGAAUCCUGUAGCAGUGAGUUUGAAGAGAACGAUGGGGAAGCAACAAGUUUCAGCACUCCUGAUUCCUUUGUGUCCUUCCCUACAUGGAGUGAGCUCGCUGGGGCUACAAGGACCUUGGAGUUUCUAAUGAAAACCACAAUAGAGGAUGCUUUGCUUGUUUUUCACCCUGGCAGAGAAUCAGACUUCAUCGCUGUUGGUGUGGUGAAAGGUUAUCUCAAAGGAAUACUGGAUGUUGGGAAUGGUAUUGUGAUGCUUGACAAUACCGAAGUGCAGCUUGAUGACGAUCAGUGGCACAGAGUUAAGGUUGAAGUCAGCCAGAACUCAUUUGCUCUCGUUGUCGACAGCCAAUCGUCGUCCCAUUCUUUUGACUCAACAGCUAAACUGGAUUUGGUUGGAAACCUGUACGUAGGAGGCAUACAGGGAAAAAUGAAAGACCUCUUCCGAGAGAGCGGUUCUUUGAGUCGUUUCGAGGAUGACUUGACAUCCGAGUCCUUCAUUGGAUGCUUGAACGAAAUCAAAGUCAACCAAAGAGAUCGAAACUUACAAGAUGCUUUGGUGACCAAAGACGUUCAUGUUAAAUGUGAAGGAGAUGACUAUGAUUACUCGAGUUACUACGACCCAGAUAUGGUAACAACAUCUCCACCUGACCACAUUACAUACACCACUGUUAGUUUGAAUGAAGAACAAUGCCAUCCAACAGAGAAUGUCCCUGAGAUAUUCAAAAACAUAACGAAACUUCUUGCUACCGCCCCUCUGCUGGUACCGGAUGGAGGAGAGGCGUUUCUUGAUAUCACAAACUUAAAUCCUACAUUUGACCUCAGGGCAGCGGGAAUGCAACCAUCUCAAAUCAUCUUCACUCUCCUGACUGAUCCCCUUUUUGGCCUGGUGGAUAUAAACACAAACAUCCAGGGGACCAAAAAAUUCACUCUUCAACAUGUUCUCGAUAGGAAGAUUAAAUAUAUGCAUGAUGGAAAUGUACUAGACACAGAUCAGAUCAAUUUAGAAGUAGUGCCUAAUAGCAACAACAUCCUCCCAGAAUGCUUAAAAGCUCCUCACAAACUUGGACUUCCAGUGAAAAUUCAAGAGGAAAGAAGAAGAGAAAUUAACAUUGUAGAAAAUGGCCGCACUCGCAUGUCAGUCACGGAUUUUGAUUUGGAGAAUUAUGAUGACUUAGAAAUACUUGUAGGUUCAACAGAAUUUGGUUACUUUGGAAAUGGCAAAGAACCAGGAAAAAAGAUUUCAGAUUUCACCUCCAGAGACUUGAGAGAUGGAAACAUCUUUUUUGUACAUGAAGGGGGGAGCCCUUUUGAAAUACCUGUUAUGAUGUCAGAUAGCUAUUCAGUAAGCCUGAAUUUUUAUUAUAAGUUCAUUCCAAUUCAACCACGAAUCACUGUUGCCAAUGAGAAUGCUCCUAUUACACUGGCCUACAACCGUCAAGCAUCACUUGGAACUCAGAAUAUGGCUAUUUUGCCUUAUCCUCAAAAUGGAGACAUUUUGUUUAAAGUAACGCAACCCCCCAAAUUUGGGGAACUAAAAAUUCGGGCAAGUGACGGAUGGUACAAACAAGUGACCCGUUUUUAUCAGUCCGAUCUGGAGAAAGACCACAUCAGAUAUGUUGGAAAAAAUAUUGAUCAUUUAGACAAAACUGAAGAGGAUAAAAUCCUUUUUGAGGCCAGCCUUGGCCAGACUUCUCUUUCAAACCAAGUUUUGUCUGUCAUAAUUACACCACAAGAAGAGACUAUGCCAGAACUGGAGCUUAAAGUUGGGGAAGAAAAACACAUUGGUAUCAAAGAACUUGACAUUUUCUUGAGUGACACAAAUUCAGAUCCAAAUUCCUUUAGAUAUAUUGUAGUCAAACCUCCAAGACUUGGUAGUCUACAACUGUCUGGUAAAGAAUUGAGUGAAAGAGACAACUUUACUCACAAGGAUCUCUUAGAUAAUAAUGUUAGUUUUAGAGCACCACAAAUAGAUGAAACUAGUUUAGAUCAUUUUGUGUUAAUAGUACUUUCUGAAGGUCGGUACUCUCCUCUGCAUAGGUUCACCGUAAAUAUCCUUGCCAGAAAAGAUGAUAUUACAAUGACCAAUGAAAAGCUGGUUGUUGUGCGAGGUGGUGAGCAGACUCUGGACAAAGGUUACCUUUGGCUGCAGUCUCCUACUUCUAGCUCUUUUUUAUACCGGGUCACAAAGGAACCAAUGUAUGGGCGACUCAUUAGGGAUUCUCUUCCAGGAGAGGCACGAUUUGAAGGGGCCAUUCGAGUCUUUAGCAAUGAAGACAUUCUAAAUAACAGGUUGAUAUACAAGCAUGAUGGCUCAAGGACACAUUCUGAUGAAUUCCACUUUUCAGCAACUGGUGAAGGUUCACAUGGUGUGGAAACGGUGGAUGGUGUUGUCAAAAUAUCUAUCCAGUUAAAGAAUGAACAUUCUCCUGUGAGGAUUGUGGACAAAGUCUUCAAAGUGGUCCGCCGUGGUCAGCGCUUGCUAACGACAGAUGUCAUUCAGUUCAAAGAUGAGGACAUGGGCUUUAGUGACAGUGGGAUUGUCUUUGCUCGGGAAGGAAUUCUCUCAGGCAACAUUGUCUCUGCAUCAAAUCCACUACAGCACAUUUUCCGUUUCACUCAAGCUGACCUUAGAGACAAGAAAAUCUUGUUUCUUCACCAUGGAGCAGACGUGGACCGCUUUGAAAUACAGGUGUCGGAUGGUAUCCACAAGACAACUGCCCUGCUUGAGAUUCAGGCUGGUGACCCUUACUUGCACGUUGUGAACAACACAAUGGUGGAAGUUGACAAUGACGCCACCCAGACCAUUGACACCACCCAUCUGAGUGCUGACUCCAACAUGGACAUCAGAGACUACAGUGAGAUUAAAUUCCAGAUUACAUCUCCACCCAACCACGGCAAUGUGGUUGUGAGUGGCAUUGAGGCCACAGAGUUUACUCAAGAGGAUUUAAGGAAAGGAGUUGUGUCAUACACGCACUACGGAGAGAGCCAGAGACCCAGCGACUCCUUUAAUUUCACUGUUCAAGCCAAAGGGUUGUCUGAAAAAGGAACAUUCAGGAUUAAGAUUAACCAGCUUUCCUAUUCCGUGCCUGAGGUAGUAGCCAAUGAGGUCAUCAUCAACUUUGGAGGAGAACAUACCAAAAUCGACAGUAACCUAUUAAAGGUGCAGGCCGGUGAUUUUGCUCCCACAGAAUUGCAGUAUUCAGUCAAACAGUUUCCAAGGCUUGGUCAUGUGGCCAACCUAACGACCAGUUCAGACGGUAUGGUCCUCACCCCUAUCAGCUCCUUCACGCAGGACGACAUCGAUCAGGGCCUCAUUGUCUAUGUGUCCCUUACCGAUCAGGGCGUGGACACUUUCAUGGUGGAUGUUGAGAGCGAUUAUGGCAUGCUGAGAAACGUGAAGAUGAAUGUGGAGAUUGUCCCUCACAUGAUUCCUGUCCAGGCCUUCAACUUUUCUGUCAAAGAGGGUUUCAGCAGGGAAAUCAACGCAGAUGUCUUAAACAUUUCACAUUCGUUCUACAGCUCGAAAAACAUUGAGUUUGUGGUGGAAGCGUCUCCCCAACAUGGUGACAUCCGUUACCAAGACGGAUAUCAACUGAACUAUUUCUCUUGGAGAGAGAUAAUGUCUGGAGAUAUAUUCUACGUCCAUGACAGCAGCGAGACCACAGAAGACAGUUUUACUGUCACCGCUUCCUGUCCUGAGAUUCGUCGCAGGAGCCUCCCCGUCACCAUCGCAGUCACUAUCAUUCCCGUCAACAGCCAGCCGCCCAUGCUGAUACGCAACGCUGGCCUGGAGAUUCGAGCCGGUGACACAGCGGAAAUCACGUCCAGCAUGUUGAGCGCUGAGGACGAAGACACGCCCCCUGAGGAGCUGGUCUACAACAUUGAAAUGCUGAGCCACGGGAGGGUGGCCCUGAAGGAGAAGCCUGGGAUGGACAUCAGGAAUUUCACACAGGCUGACAUUAAUGAAGAGAGGGUCAUCUUCAUUGAUGAGGGUGAAGAGAAGAGCAGGUUAAGUUUCACCGUGACAGACGGCGAGCACACAUCCCCCCUCUACCAAUUUGAGAUCACGGUGAAGCCAGCCACCAGCACCCCGGUGACACAUGAAAAGCUCCUCAUGUUUCCAGGAACGAGGCAGCAGAUCACCAUCUCCAACCUGGAGCCUGUGAGCAACGGGGACGGCAGGGAGGCGCGAUUCUCUCUCGUCCGUUCACCUCGGUUGGGAAGACUUAUCUUGGCAAACAGAAAGAACCAGUUUGAGGAAAUUAACAGUUUUUCCCAGUCACAGUUGGAGGCAGGGGCGGUCUACUACGAGCACCAGCUCCCUGCUGAGCCCUUCUGGUUGGUUAAGGACGAGCUGGAGUUCAGGGUGGAAUCAGAACCGCCACGCGACACCCACCAUAUCCUACCCAUUGAUAUCUCCUUUUACGCCGUUCACAGCAACAUCACCUCCCAGCUGUGGAGGAACACAGGUCUUGAGGUCGUGCAAGGUCAAAGGAAAACCAUUGACAAGUCAAUCCUUGACGCUUCCAACCUUCUGACACUUAUUCCUGAAUCAGAAGAACGGGACGUGCUUUAUAUGAUUAAACGUUUCCCUGAUCAUGGUCGUAUUACCCUUGGUGGUCAGGACCUUUCUCACAACACCCAGUCCUUCACCCAAGAAGAUGUUUCACAAGGGCGGGUAGAGUAUCUCCACGAUGACUCCAGGGGCCCGUCUGAUAGUUUCUCUUUCCGUGCCCGUCUAAAGCUUGAAAGGGGAGGGGUACCCCACCGUGCUGAGAACAUUAUACUAGAGGAAGUCUUUCAGAUAUCCGUCAAACGACGAGGGUCUGAGCCCCCUGAGCUUGUCACAACAGAUGUUCUCCUGGAAGUUCCUCAGGGAUCCAGGACAGUUAUCAAUCAGGAGUAUCUCAACACACAGGACGAAGACAGUCCGCCUGAUGAAGUACGCUUCAAGGUGACCAAAGCACCGACCAAUGGUCGGUUUUAUAACAUACGUACUAUGGAGCCGAUCUCUGAGUUCACACAAGAAAUGGUCAACAAUAACCAGGUGGCUUUCUACAGCGACAACAGUCUGAGAAAUGGUUUUGUGGAAUUUGUUGUCACGGAUGGGGAACACGAGACAGAGAGGUUCACUUUACACAUUGGCAUCCUGGCUCACACUCUUUAUCUCCACCAAGCCCAAGAGAUCAGAGUGAAGCAGGGUGACGAUGAGACUUUGGUGACAGAGGAGAUGUUGAAGGGUACCACAAACGGUCCCACUGAGGAGGCAAUCCUUUACAAGAUCACAAAUGUUCCAAAGUAUGCUGCCAUUAUGGUUGACCGCCAACCUACAUCUGCAUUCACCCAGAAACUGAUCAGAGAAGGCAGAGUCAGUGUCCGCUUUGUCAAGUCCACUUCCCCUCAAGACACGGUUUCCUUCACAGCCCGCAGCCGGAUUGCAAACGUUUCCUCGGUCCUCAACAUCACUGUUCAACCUUUGGCUAACAUUGCCCAGGAUCCUCUGUUACCCCAGGGGGCACUCAUCCAACUAGACAAACGGCUUCUUGAUGCAACUCCUCUGGCCAACAAGACAAGGACAACUCCCACAUUCACUAUCACCCAGCAGCCGAAAGGGGGUCGAUUCCUGAAACCUGGGGGGCAACCUCUGGAGUCAUUCAGCCAGAAGGACCUUGAUGAGGGUCGUGUAACUCUAGAAAUAGAUAACCCUUCAGAAAAAGGAAGUGGUCCUAACCAGGAUGAAGCCCACUUCCUCCUCAAAGCACAUGGAGUCCCUCCUGCGGAAUGUGUGCUUUCCUUCCAGACAGGCCCCUACAACUCCUCUGGGCUUUACCCUGUCACUUUGUUGAGAGUCCCUGGUGGUUUUUCUCAUAACACCCCCCGAACCCCGCGUCUGAGAGGUGACAUGGACUGGGCCUGGACCACAGCAUCAUCUGCCUCUGACUCUCACGUGAAACCUAUAACUCGUCGCAGCAGCAUCUGGUCCAUUCUCAUCCCCAUUCUGGUAGUGCUCCUCCUCUUGUUGUUAGCCGCCAUUGUAGUGUACUAUUUGGUCCACAAAAACAAGACAGGCAAGCACAAUGUCCAGACGGCAUCCUCAAAGCCCAAAAACGGAGAGGUGGCCGGCACAGAAACCUUCCGCAAAACUGAUCCAGCUAAUAACAUCUCCAUGUCCAACAUGGACUCUAAAGAUGCAGACCCUGAGUUGUUGCAGCACUGUCGGACAUCAAACCCGGCCUCAAAAAAGAACCAGUACUGGGUUUGAAACACUUUGCAACCUCUUCAAACCAUUCCUAUCAGUAUUACAGACUUCUGCAAGAUGAAAGGAACACUUUGCUCCGCUUUUGCUUCUUCUCAGUAUAGCUGUGGACAAAUUCUGAAGGAAACACUGAACAACAAAAGAGGCCGUUGUGGAUGUUAGGAGGUUCAUGCCAUAUCUAUUUAUUUCAUUUUUGUGGUUUGUCAAAGGGCACAAACACAGACAUGAACAUGUCAGAUGUUUGCAACAAUUUAUUGUGGAGUGCUCUAAUAUUGUAUCAAAUUUAUCUACAAACAUUAACCAGAAUAGGUAGUCUUAAUCCGAUGUAGUUUAUUUUAAUUGUUGGUUCAGUAAUUUUGAUAAACUUGUACAUAAGUAAUGAGGUCAACUUGUUUCCUCAUGACAAGGACAAAAUGAUUCUUUUAAAGAUUUUAAAUGUUGUUUCUCAGGGCUAAAUUCACACCCAUUAAACAAUAGCAUUCAGUUUUAUGCUAGGCUAAUCCUCUCCUGUCAUCCCACACAGAUCACACACAAAAAAAUGAAUGUUGUCAAUCUUCAUAGUCGCAAACAUUUUCAUUUUGACUUGUUAAACUUGACCUUGUUAAAAAAUGACCAGGUUUGAUGAAGUUUAGCCCCAAAUAUCUUCUUUUUUUGUAAUAUAGCCUAGCUUAAUUUUUGCUAACUUCCAAAAUGGAACCAACAGGCAGACAUAAAAUAAGUUUCUUGUUUUCAAACCUGAAAAUAGUAACUGAUUUUAUUGAUACACUCAGAAGCAAUAGAUAAAACUCCCCAGAUAUUAGCAUUUCAUUUAUGAGCUAAAUAUACAAUGUUGUUUAUCUGAAAUUAUCUUAUUUCUUAAACUUUUUUUUUUUUGCUAGAAAUACAAAAUUAAAAGAGGCUGUGUUUCCAACUUUAUCAAAAUUCUAGAAAUGUUGAAAAACACUAUUUCACAUUUACACUGUUUCCAUUAAAUCAUAAUUAUGUAAAUAUAACACAAAAGAACUCACCUGAUAAGUCAUUCUAUGUCAUUCUAUAGUUCAUGGAUGU